UUCUCCACCACUGGGUGAGUUUUUCUUUUGUGUGUCAUGGUUGGGCCUUCCCAGGGUUUCUGCUGCCCUCUUCCAGCACCAGUGGCUUCUUUUCCAGCCCCAAGUCUGUACACAAGUCCCAGGUGCUGGCGAGAGGGCAGCGGUCACCCCGUGUGCCACUGGGGCAGCCCCCACAUGCCCAGGGGUGCUGGGGCCAGGCUCUGGGAGCAGCAGCAUCCCCCUGCUGAACUCUGUCUGUGUUCCACAGGAACCCUGUCCUACAGCCCACCAGAGUGGAUCCACCACCGACGCUACCACGGCGAGGCAGCGACCAUCUGGUCCCUGGGCCUCCUGCUGUGCCACCUGGUCAUGGGCAAGCACCCGUUCAGGAGGGGCCAGGAGAUCAUCUGGGGUCGGAUCUUGUUCCCACGACGGCUCUCUCAAGAGUGCCAGGAUGUCAUUAAGAGGUGUUUGUCCAUGCAGCCCUUGGACAGGCCGUCCUUAGAAGAGCUUUUCCGUGAUCCUUGGGUGCGGGGUGUUCCUCUGCCCUAGAGGAUGGGAGAGAUCCACGUGCACAGUUGGAUCCAGGGGCCUGGCAGGUAACAGCUCCACACAUCUCUUGGCAAUCAGUGGCAAAGGCAACCAGACAGGUUUUGUGCUGCCUGUAGCUCUGAGCAGGGGUCAGCAGAAGGGAACACGCAGCUCUUGGGCUGGAGCUGAGCUGGACACCUGGUGUGGCAAGCACUG